AUGGAAAUAUGUGAUGAAAAUAUGAGUCAAAUGCAACGAAUCGACAUGACUGGCUUGGCUGUAGCUUUGGGCCUUCUUCUUUUUAUAUACUUCCCAACCCUAACGGUUGAGGCCACAAUAAACCUCUAUUAUGUCUUGGCUGUGUCUAGAUGUGUCUCAUUUUUAGAUGGAAUCUACCUGACGGCCGAUACCAUAGCCGACAAUUUUGGCGGUUUUGUCGGCUUCUAA